CAUGUUGUUAGUUUAGUUCUGCAUCCAAGGCAAAGAAGAUUGGUUGGUGGUCAUCUCUUCUUCACACUCCUUCUUAUUUCAUACACACUCGUCGUCCGUCGAGGAGUUGGGCAAUCACUUUCACUUUCUUAUUAAUAUUCACACCACUCACCAUUAGAUUAUUAGAUAAUAGCACAAAAAAUUAUGAAAAUCCUACUAAUCCUCGCCCUUCUCGUGGGAGUGGUGGCCGUGGUGGGGGGGCAGCAGCAGCAGAGAAAUCAGCAACAAAGGACCACACCGUCCACCACGAGUAGCAGUAAAAAAGGACAAGAUGAAGAACCAAGGUUUCUCGCGUUGCCUGAUGCAGUGAAAUGUUCUCGACGCCCGAAAGAGUUUUUCUACGAUGGUCAUUGGUAUUUCUACUCUGGAAAUGUGACCAAAUAUCGCAACGCUGAGGUUGACUGGCUGGAGGCGAGAAAUGCAUGCCGAGAAUACUGCAUGGACACCGUUUCCAUAGAGACGGAAGAGGAGAAUAAUAUCAUUUUCGAUCUGGUCAGGGACAAUAGACUCAAAUAUAUUUGGUCCAGCGGAAGAUUGUGCGACUUUAAGGGUUGCGGUGACCGUGAGGAUUUGCAACCAAUCUCAGUCAAUGGAUGGUUCUGGUCUGGAUCAGGAACCAAAAUGGCACCCACAAAUGUCAAGCCUAAAAAUUGGACUUAUCAACCCUGGUCAUUCACGGGAAACAAUAAGCGUCCCCAACCUGACAAUGCUGAACUGGACAUCAAUGGAACUCCAGAAUCUUGCCUUGCCGUUUUGAACAAUGUGUACAAGGACGGUCUCCACUGGCACGAUGUUGCCUGCUACCAUCCAAAAGCCUUCGUUUGUGAGGAUUCCGAAGAAUUGUUGAGAUACGCGAGAGCUACCAAUCCUAACCUACCCAUCUAAUUCAUAUGCGUGUAUAUAUUACAAGAUUGAGGGAGACAAGAUGAGAAAUAUUUUUUGUAACUUAUUUUUAUUAAAUAAAUAAAAAAAUGGAGACGUGUCAAUGAUGGA